AUGCAGUUUAACGAGAACGCUGCGGAACCGGCUACAAUAGAGACAAUAUUUGAUUUUAGCUUCUGGGACAUUCCGAGCGCCUGGUGGCAGGCGAGCACCGUCGCCAUGGGGAUCGGUGUCGCGAUCGCGGUGAUCGGCGCGCUCACUCUGCUAGCCGCCGCCUCCAGCUUUCUGCCCCACAUACUGAAAACGCCCAAGCACACCAGAGCCCUCGGCUCCCUGCAGCUGCUCGCUGUCCGCAAGUUCACUAGCCAAGCCGGCGUUCCUUCAACUGUCAACUCCGCUCGAGUUCGAGACAAAGAUUUGCCGAAAGUUUCCGCGGAAAGGGAAGUGGCGCUACGUGUCACAAUUGGAAAGCCAGUUUGCCAAUUGAAGUUGUACAUCAAG